AGUGCGGGUUGUGCAGAGAGCAGUUAGAGCAGCGAACAAUCACACCCAGCAGUGACCAGCUCCAGAGGUCAAGUUUGGAAUGUAACACGUCCUCAGCACCACAGACACAGGGACAGCCCAUUUCCUCUAGCCGGAGUCACACUUUUCCGUACUUUUAAACUUUCCACUUGCUGAGGGAAAGGCAUUCAUCCAAACAGGAUUCUCUCAUGGUGUUUCUUGGAGGACUUGGAAGUGGGCUCUUGUUAAGAUCAAGGUUCAAAGGCAUGCUGAGGGGAGCAGACAUCCUGACAGUCGGGUACAGAAAAGGUCGUCCCAUGAACUUUAAACCAAGCAUAAGCAGAUAAACAGUAGCUGCUAUCCAGCUGCCCUUUCAAGGUGACUGUAAUCCUGUGGGCAAGUUGUUGGAGAGUGCUGUAAUACCACGCCUGGUCGAAUCUCCGGACUUGAAUGAGGAGCUAAGCCAGGAUUUCUUGGGCCUACUGUGUAUGGUUCCACGCACGCAUGACUACAGGAAUCAAUUGAAGUGGACAGACGCUGAGACCUGCUGUGUUUCUAUGAAUAGCUGCAGGCUUAGUAGGUACAGAAAGCAGCACAGGUGCGGAGAAAGUGGGCAGUCUUCCAAGGAAGAGAAACAGUGACAGAACCUUUUUUGAAAAGUUUUUCAGCAGAUGUUUGCCAUGAUGUCUAGCAAACACUGUAAGGUUUCCACAAUGUACUCUAUAUUGCUGGUAGUGAUUCUGUUUGCCAUUCAGGAUACCCAAUGUCAAGACAUCUAUGCAAGUGAAAAACCGGAGAGUGCGAAAGGGCUUUUCUUCAUAGAUGCUGAACAGGAAAUGCUUUCAGUGCCUGCGGAGAGGAAAGGAGCCGCCGCCAUCUAUUCUUCAGGACAGCCUCCAGACUCUACAGCCGGCGUGUGUGAGCCCUGUGUCUGUAACCUCAAGGACAGCCCAGGUCCGCCCGGCAGGGACGGCAAGGCAGGACCGCCCGGUAUCCCCGGGAAACCAGGCUACAAUGGAGUCAACGGCUAUCCUGGACCAAUGGGGCCGAAAGGCAAUCAGGGAUACCGAGGCUACAAAGGGGAGAAGGGAGAUCCUGGAGUGGACGGCAGACAGGGACGUCCUGGGAUCCGGGGGAGACCGGGGCGGAGAGGAGUGCCGGGUGUGCCGGGCAAGCCUGGGGAUGCUGGGAAGCCAGGCAGCGCUUCGGAGGCAGCCGCCUACCUGUCAGGGGAUCAAACUCUGAUCAGAUCUCGCCUGAAGGUAGCAUUUUCUGCCGUAAGGACAGAGAGCUACGGACCCUUCAUCACUGAUGAACCUGUUCCCUUUGACCUCAUCCUCAGUAACUCAGGUGGCUUCUACAACAACAGGACGGGCGUGUUCAGGGCACCAGUUGACGGCCACUACCUCUUCCACUUCCACCUGAUGAGUACCAACAAGGCUGCAACAACUUUCGUGGACUUGAUGAAAAACCAUGAAAGCCAGGUCGGUGCGGCCUUCUAUGGACCGGCUUACGACAUGGCCAGUAACACGGCGAUUCUCCAUGUGCUGAGGGGACAUGAGAUAUGGCUGAGACUGAGGAGACAUCGGGCCAUCUACAACCCCAGUAAAACUGGCAGGUACACAACCUUCUCAGGCUACCUGCUCUUCUCCGACCAAUGAUGCCCCAGAAAUAAAUCUGU